AUGGAAAUCCUGCUCCUUCAUCAAGGAAUCUUCAUGAGCCAAAGGAAAUAUGCAAUUGAAAUUUUAAAGAAGUUUGGGAUGGAAAAUUGUAAGACAGUAAGUACUCCAGCUGUGCAAGGUGAAAAGCUUAGCAAAAGUGAUGAAGCAAGGAAGAUUGAUGCAAGUCUUUACAGGAGUCUUAUUGGAUGCCUACUAUAUCUGUCACCUGCCAGACCAGAUAUUAUGUAUGCAACAAGCAUACUUUCCAAGUUCAUGCAAAGCCCAUGUGAAGUGCAUUAUAGAGCUGCAAAGAGGGUGAUGCGAUAUGUGAAAGGAACAGCAGACUUUGGUGUGUUAUAUGCAAGACAUGUAGAAGUAAAUCUAAUGGGCUUCACUGAUAGUGAUUGGGCAGGCAUGAUUUGUUGGAGUUCCAAGAAGCAAGAGACUGUGGCACAAUCCAAAGCUGAGGUAGAGCAUAUUGCUGGUGCACAUGCUAUAAACCAAGCCAUUUGGCUCAGGAAGUUGCUAGUUGAUUUGAAGCAUGAACAGAUGUAUUUCAAUGGAUGA